AUGGCACUCGCACGAUCGGGGGCACUGCUGGUGGCGGCGCUGCUGGUCGCAUGGGCGCGGCAGGCGCUGUGCGCAGCAGCCACCACUGCAGGCGGCUGCCAAGCGGUCGACUCCUCCAGCCGCUGCUUCUGGGACGCCAAGAAGUCUGUCUGCUUCACAAACAUCAAGUCCUCUGAGGCCCUGGCCUGCCCGAACUCCUGGGUAGCCGACUUUAUGUCCUGCGACGUCUUGGACAAGCAGGACGACUGCGAGGGGGCCGCGCAGUGCACGUGGGGCAACCUGGGGACUGAGCUGCUGUGCUUCGCCAAGGUGGCGCUGGACGUCAAGCCGCCGUUCCCGGACUGGGGGUCCUACCAGCGCGUCACGUUCACGGACCCAGGCAAGCUGGGUAACUGUCCGGCCGCCAAUGAAUACCGCAAGUUCCAAUCUCAGUGCUGGAGCCUCAAGGAGCCGGAUGUCUGCGAGAAGAACAAGGUCUGCCUCUACAACCCCAUCGCCGGCUGCAACAUCCGCGCCCGCGCGAAUGCGGCGAUCAUCACGGGCAACAACCCCAAGGUGGACGCGGCCUACGCAGCCUGCAACGCGAUCUUGGACCCCAAGCUGUGCGACGCCGCGGGCAAGGUGGAGUUCAGCGUCGACGCGGCCAAGGCCAUCGCGGGCGUGUGA